CCUCUGCUCCUUAUCCUGCAGGCUGUAAAACCUGAUAACCCUCCCUGUUCUUCCUGCUCUCAGACACACCUUGAAGCUGGUGGAGCAACAUCUGCUGGAGGUGAAAGCUGAUUGGCUGCAGCCUCUCUGCUCUGACACGUGAUUCGUAGAUCAGAGCUCAGAGCUGUUGCUGUUUUCAGGAAAUGAAACUCACACAGUCACUGAGACCGAGAGGAGAAAUGGAGCAGAACCAGCUGGACCGAGAAACCUUGUCCUGUUCGAUCUGUCUGGAUCUACUGAAGGAUCCGGUGACUAUUCCCUGUGGACACAGCUACUGUAUGAAGUGUAUUAAAAACUUCUGGGAUGAAGAGGAUCAGAAAGGAAUCCACAGCUGCCCUCAGUGCAGGAAAACCUUUCUACCGAGGCCUGAGCUGAAUAAAAGCACCAUGUUAGCAGCUUUAGUGGAGCAGCUGAAGAAGACUGGACUCCAAGCUGCUCCUGCUGAUCUCUGCUAUGCUGGACCUGAAGAUGUGGCCUGUGAUUCCUGCUCUGGAAGAAAACUGAAAGCCAUCAAGUCCUGUUUAGUCUGUCUGGCCUCUUUCUGUGAGAAACACCUUCAGCCUCAUUAUGAUUCAGCUGCAUUUAAGAAACACAAGCUGGUGGAGCCCUCCAAGAACCUCCAGGAGAACAUCUGCUCUCGCCACGACACAGUGUCAGCUGCAGCAGAAAGGACUGAGAGGCAGAGAGAGCUGGAGGUGAGACGAGAAAACAUCCAGCAGAGAAUCCAGGACAGAGAGAAAGAUGUGAAGCUGCUUCAACAGGAGCUGGAGGCCAUCAAGCACUCUGCUGAUAAAACAGUGGAGGACAGUGAGAAGAUCUUCACUCAGCUGAUCCGUCUCAUCCAGAAAAGAAGCUCUGAUGUGAAGCAGCAGAUCAGAUCCCAGCAGGAAACUGAAGGGAGUCGAGUCAAAGAGCUUCAGGAGAAGCUGGAGCAGGAGAUCACUGAGCUGAAGAGGAAAGACGCUGAGCUGAAGCAGCUCUCAGACACAGAGGAUCACAACCAGUUUCUCCACAACUACCCCUCACUGUCAGCACUCAGUGAGUCUACACACUCAUCCAGCAUCAAGAUCCGUCCUCUGAGCUACUUUGAGGAUGUGACAGCAGCUGUGUCAGAGCUCAGAGAUCAACUACAGGACAUCCUGAGAGACGCAUGGACAAACAUCUCACUGAGACUCACUGAGGUGGAUGUUUUACUGUCAGAACCAGAACCAAAGAGCAGAGCUGGAUUCUUGAGAUAUUCAUGUGAAAUCACACUGGAUCCAAACACAGCAAACAGUCGUCUGUUACUAUCAGAGGGGAACAGGAAGGUGACAAGGAUGGAUCAACCUCAGUCUGAUUCUAGUCAUCCAGACAGAUUCACUUAUUGGCCUCAGGUUCUGAGUAGAGAGAGUCUGACUGGACGUUGUUACUGGGAGGUGGAGUGGAGAGAGAGAGUUUAUGUAGCAGUCGCAUACAAGAAUAUCAGCAGAGCAGGAAGUGGGAAUGAAUGUUUAUUUGGAGCUAAUGACAAAUCUUGGGCAUUAGAUUGUUACCAAGGAGGUUAUCAAUUUGGUCACAACAGCAUCUGGACCUCCAUCUCAGGUCCUGGUUCCUCCAGAGUAGGAGUGUACCUGGAUCACAGAGCAGGUAUUCUGUCCUUCUACAGCGUCUCUGAAACCAUGACUCUCCUCCACAGAGUCCAGACCACCUUCACUCAGCCGCUACAUGCUGGAGUUUAUGUUUAUGUUGGAGGUUCUGCUGAGUUCUGUAAACCCAAAUAGACAGAAUCCACUGAAGGUUCAGUGAGUUUGAUUCUGGUUUUUAAAUCUCCAGCAGAUUAUUUUCUUGAUCGUUGUUGUUUUAUGUCUAAACUGCACAGAAAUUAAUAGUCAGAGAUUGUCAGCACUUGUUUUUCUUCAGAAUUGAUGUUCUGGUUCUGUUGGGUUUGUUCAUUUCUCAACAUUGUUUUCUAAACCAGCUGAUCCGCACCAGAA